AUGAAAUGGUCUGCAAUCCCUUUCGAAUCAUUGUAUCGCUCCAUUGAGAGUGGUGAGUUUGAAUUUGAUCUGUUUAAAGAAAUACUUCCUGAUUUACAAAAUUUAAACUUGAACACUGACAAACUGAAGAAUAAUACCAGCCGAUCUCAAUUAGAAAAAGGUGAGGUUACAUUAUCAGACGGUUCGACUUUCAAACUGAACCAAGAGUUCAUAUUUGAAGCUAUCUCUUUGUCUGAUGAAUUAAAUCUAGAUGAAAUCGUUGUAUGUGAAUUAAUACUUUCCGGUGAUGCCACUGCCAACAAUGGCAAAGUACAAUACUUUUUGAGAAGGCAAUACAUUCUGCAAAUUGUUUCCUUUAUAGUCAACUGCUUCGAUAAAGAUACUCAAUUGUACCAAGAAUUGAUAAAAAAUGGAGCCUUGGUUUCUAAUAUACUCUUAGCAUUCAAGUUCAUUCAUACUCAACUAUCUGAAAUCAAGCAACAAAUCAAUAAGGCCCAAAUACUAGAAAAUUAUAAUGCUCUAUUCAGACAAAACAUUAAAUUCCGAAGAGACUUCUUGUUGAGGGAAUAUGAUAUUUUGAGUCAAAUUUUAUAUGGUUUAGUGGACAAAGGUGCCGUCACAGGAAAUAAAGAUUUCAUAGUAUCUUUACUCGACCACGUAUCAGAGUUGGAUUCCGAUGAUUUUUUCAUAAUAUAUUACAUCCCUGCAUUCUUCCAUCUAUUCGCAUCUUUGAGAGUUUUACCUGAUACAGAUGUUAAAUUUUUACACUCUAAAUUCUUGACGGACUUAAAGGAUGACUCCAUAUUUUCUAAACCGGUUAAAGUAGCUCUCAUAUUUAUUUUUUUGGCUUACUUCAUUGGAUGGUGUAAAGAGGAUCCUAAGAAGAGGGCUGACGUGAUGGACUUCAAAACCGAUGUUGAUGAGCCAAUGACCUCUGCGGUAGAAUUGGGCGCCAUUGAACAACUUUUAAUAUUUGCCGCAGACACUUCUAUUGUGGAACAAGACAAGAGUAUGGAACUUUUCUACGAUAUAAGGUCUUUGCUAGAAAGACACAUUCCAAGAUUAGUUCCCAAACAGCUUCUUGAUGAUGAGAAAAUAUUCAAUCAAACAACAAACUCUACCUAUAAUUCUGCAGUGAUGAACAAUAACGUGAACGGUGACAGCUUAUGGAGCUCGCCUUAUCCUGGAACGAUGGCCUCCACCAGUACCACUCGAUUGAAUAGUGUAUCCACUAAUGCCAGUGAACACUCCUAUACGAACAUUGUUUUAUCCGAUCAAACUCAAGAGUUUUUCCUCGCAGCCUUUGAUGACAUGCUACAAACGAUUAUCACAGAUUGUGCCUUUCUACUUACAAAAAUCAAAGAUGCGGAGGAAGAUUCGUUGUUAUCUGGUGAAGAUUUAACUUUGGACGAUAUUUCACUAAAGGCAGAUUUAGAAAGGUUUUUCUUGUCAAUAUAUUUUUUCUAUGCAUCAAGGCCUGAAUAUUCCCGUGCUUUCUGGUCUGAUAAAGAGUCAAACGCUUACGGUUUCAUUGAAUGGUGUUCCAGAUGCAAUGAUAACUUAAUGAGGUCUUGUUUCUACCUAAUGAUUUCUAGUUUAUCCUUUGGUCCAGAAAAUUCCUUGGAUGUUUAUCGUUAUUUUGGUGAGAAUAAUUCGGUUUCAUGGAAAAAUAUUGCACAAUGUGUCGGCGAUUACACUAAAAAAAUAAGUAACUUCAACACAAGCCUUCAAAAAAGACAGCGAUUCAGUGAAGUAACCCAUAAUGAUAUCGAUUCUACGGCGGUUGCUUUAGAAGAAGGUUUAAAUGAAGAGGCCGUAAUAUUUCUUUCUUCUCUAUUAACUCUGGUUGGUUCGGUUACAUACCAUGUCAAUGAAGAUGUAAAAAGUUCGCUAUCAACCGUCUUUUCAGAGGUUCUGUUUGAAUUUACGAGAAUAAACACCCCCCUGGUAGGCGCUUCAUUCAAAGUUUUAAGCAAUUUGGUUCCAAAACUUGAAUCAUCAAGGGCAAAUUAUUGGGCUUUCUUGGACUCUUUAGUUUUCAAAAAUAUAUCACAGAAUUCUUCCUCAGAAUCCUAUAAAACUGCAUUUGCAAGCGUAUUAACUAAAUAUUCUGAAGUUUUAGGAUUUUUGCAACUGUUCCAGAAUUUGAUCGCUAUUGAUUCCUGUGAAAAUGGUAGUGAAUACAUGGUUUUUGGUAAGUUGGCAUUUCCAGCAAAAUUGGGCCAAGGCUAUAGAAAGAUAGGAAUAUGGCCAUAUUUUGAUUAUAUUCUCAAUGAUAUUUUAGCUCAUGUACAUCAGAUCACUGAUAUUAGAAACAGAAGGGCCAUCCAACUCCCUAUUUUGAAAAUUAUCUACACAGGGCUAUGUUCUUUUGACUACAGCGUAAUAUUGAACUCUAUUCCUGCUGCUGCUAACUUGAAUUCUUUAGUCGAUUGUGAAAGCUUCUUCAAUUACGUCCAAGAGUGUCCAACAACUCCAGUAUUCAACUAUAUUUUUACUGAAAAGGUUUACAAAAGUAUAUUUAACAUUAUUGAUGUAGGUGUUGAUCAAUUAUCCAUAGAGUUGGAAGGUGGUAAAAACCAGGCUGAAUUGUUACAAGUGGCUGUGAAAAUUAUCAAUAAAGCCUUGGAGUAUCAAGAGACUUACGUAGAAGAAUUGUUUCCGAUUGUCAAAAGACACGGCAAAAGCGAUUAUUUCAUGCCGAAAAGUUUUUCACUUCAUGGCUUACGUUCAUUUUACGAUGCUAUUUUCUUUAAUAUCCCACUUGUCGCGCACUUAGGUUUAUAUGUCGGCGUUGAUGAUCGGAUUUUAGCCUCUAAUUCAUUACAAAUUUUGAAAAAACUGUCAGAACGCCCUGAUGACUCUUCAGCAUUAUUCUCCAAGAGAGGUAAAUUAUUGACUAUAUUUGAUUCUGUUGAUGAAUCUGCUAGAAUAAAGGAUGCAUUCAUCACACAGUUAGAAACGCCAAUAACAAAUGAUAGUGUUCUUACUUUGAAAUUAGAAUUACUGGAUUUCUUAACUUCAAAUCUGACUAACUCCACCCGAAUCACGAGUGUUUCUCAUUUACUAUUAGGGUUCCAAGUUUCAAACGUCAUAUCUCUAGGGCCUAACUUAGCGACGUUUAUUUCUUCUGAAACUUCUUUGCUAAAUUCUCUCAUAAAUCUAUUAGAAGCUUCAUUGAACAGCAUCACUAAAGACAAUAUCGAUUAUGCACCUAUGCGACUAGCUGCAGCAGCACUAGAAAUUAUCCUAAAAUUGUGUCGUAAUCCGUUAACCUCUGGUUUAUUAUACUCGUACUUAAUCGAAGAGAACUUCUUUGAAAGAAUAAUGAUUCUCGAUCCACAAAUUACAGGAUAUACCAUGUGGAACGGUUCCCCAUUUGAUAAUUCAACAGAGGAGAAACGCAAAGACCUAGUCGAGAGCGAAUCUAUUGGGGCGUUUUUAUCAUUUUUAGCGUACAGAAAUUAUUGGACACAAUAUUUGGGUUUACUUAUUCACAAAAUGUCAUUCUCUGGGACGAAAUCAGAAGUUUCAACAUAUGUUAAUUACUUGAUAUCAAAUACAAUGUACUCGGUAAGGUUGUUCUCCUUCUUGGACCCACUAAAUUACGAAAAUAUUCCCGAAUCGAGAGAAACCCUGUCUACUUUUUCUGAUGUUCCUUUCAAUUUAGAUCAAGUCACCAUUAACAAAAACUGUUCUGGUAACAUCUAUGAUUUCAGCGAAAUGGAAAAGCUCAUGCGCCUAAUCAAAAGAGUUCGCGUUGAAAGCUUGUAUUCCAAUAAUUCGGGUUUCGGGAUGACGAAGGAUCAAUUUUUAAAAGAAGCAAGCAUCGAAUGCACAAAAGCAAAGAGCCAUUUCACAAAUUACAUUUCUAGAAAUAAAGCAUUGGAGUUGAACCUAUCAGUACUUCACUCGUGGGUGCAGUUGGUACAAGUUAUUGUCACUGAUGGUAAAUUGGAACCACCUACUAGAUCCAACUUUAUUUUAGAGGUUUUUGGUACGAUCAUUCCUAAAAUUACCGACUAUGUCGAGUUUGACAUAACUUUCUCAGAAGAACUGGUUUCUCUCGCUGUUUUCCUAUUCGAUAUAUACAACCGCGACCGUAAGUUCAUAACUGAUAGAGGUACGGUAGACGGCAGAUUGUACCAAUUGUUCAAGACCUGCAUUCAGGGUAUUAACUCUCCACUUUCCUCUGUGACAUUGAGAUCUGAUUUUUACAUAUUAGCAAACCACUAUCUGAGUAGGGUUUUAAGUGACAAACAAGGAUCCGAAAGAGUUUUACAAGAUUUGAGGUUAGGAAGUAAGAAGUUGGUAGAAAUUAUAUGGAAUGACGUUAUCUAUGGCGAAGGUACUAGCAGGAUUACAGGUAUAUUGCUGUUGGAUUCUUUGAUACAACUAGCAAAUAAAAGCAAGGAAAAUUUCAUAUUGGACUCAUUGACGAGAACCACGAGGUUGCUUUUGAUUGUACGCUCAUUGAAAAACACUGACGCUUUGCUAAACUCCACCACAGAACAUAUAAAUAUCGAUGAUUUAUUAUAUGAACUGACAGCUUUUAAAGCGACCGUAUUCUUUUUAAUUCGUGUGGCCGAAACUAGGAGUGGAGCAAGUUCCUUGAUCGAAAACAACUUAUUCCGAAUAAUCGGCGAAUUGUCGUUCUUAAAAGUCGAUCCUGAUUUAGGUUUAGAGCUUAUGUUUGACGAGGUUUACGCUCAAAAUUCUAACUUCUUGAAAGUCAAUGUCACUUUAGACAAUCCGCUAAUAGUCGACAAAGAUUCGAACGGCGUUUCCCUGUUUGAAUUGAUCGUCCCUGUCUUUCAAUUAAUAGCUGCUGUUUUAGUGAGUAUGGGGAGUGCAAAUAAAAGUGUUGUUCAGAAGGUGAAAAGCCUUUUGAGUGCGUACAAAAGGUUAGUGAUAGGUAUCUUCAAAAGAGACCUAUUAAGUGAAAAAGAAGGUGAAACUAAGUUGACGGAUUCCAAUCGUCAAAGUUUAGACGAGAUGGUGAAGUUAAUUGUGAUGUUAUGCACUUUGACAGGGUAUCAAAAUGAGGAUUGA